AUGUCUCGAAUUCGCCUGUUAGCGUGCUACGCUGGUCUCCUCGCCGGGACAGCGGCACCGAACUUUUCAGCAGCAGUCCCUAUUCGCUCUGCCGUUAUCAGCCCACAUCACGGGAGCCUAGACACAAAACAGCCUUCUUUCGCUCAAGAUGCAACCCCGCCUACGGCCAAAGACCAAACUGAAGCGUGCCUGCUCGUUCUAAAUUCUCUGCGAGCGAAAGGCCUGAAUGGGUUGCUGAACGAACUGACGAAGGCGAACGAAGACGAAGUUCGCGAAAGCCUUCAGCCUGCUGGGAAAAGUGGGAAUAAAACUAGCGUCAUUGAAAUCGCACAAGAACUUGCAGGAACCGACAAAUCAACAUGUGACGCAACAACUGCGAAUAAGUCGCCGUAUUCUGGACUUGUUAUUACUUUUGAUCAUUCCGCAGAGUUCGACUGCGAAUCUUUGAUCAAUGAAUCCUUCACUACAGGACUAAACCAUCUGCAAGAGCAGAACUACGACGCAUCGGCUGAUACUACCAAGCUGGGCGAAGCUCCAUGGGACAAUCUGGCGGCCAAAAAUCUUGCGGCCAUAGUAUCUACUAAAGCGGAGAAGGUAUCAUGUGCUGCCACUACAGAUUGCGAAGCUGGUAGCAAUGUCUUGUUUUGCUAUUUCAUACAGCCCUUGGCACUGGACGAAGUGCAGCCGAUCAAGGCUGAAGUGUAUGAGGCACUCCUGAGGCGACAGCAAGGCUCAGCGUGCAUUCCACUUCCUGGCAUUACGGCUGCGCUUUUUACUCUCGCCUUGGCAAUCUUGAGCCAAUAA